AUGUGGCCGUUGAACCGACCGAUGAAUACGACUGCAACGCUGCACCCCCAACGAUUUCAAGGCAUCCGUGAUCUACGAACUCGCCCGUCUCAGGGUGGCUUCCACCCGAGCAGAGGCUGUGUUGACCAGAUCUUCAGCCUGCGGCGCACCCUCGAACAACGCUGGGCAUACCAGCAACCAACAGUCCUCUGCUUCGUCGACUUUGCGGCUGCUUUCGACUCCGUUGAUAGAGGCUCACUCUGGCGUAUCAUGGAGGCCGAUGGCAUGCCCGCUAAACUCCCUCGUCUCAUCAAGAGCUACUACCGGUCCACGCGAGCCCGUCUUUGUGCUUAUGGUGAGGAGUCGGAGACGUUUGAGGUGAAGACUGGUGUGCGGCAAGGAUGUGCUCUAUCCCAUACCCUAUUCAACUAUACAAUCGACUACAUCCUCGGCAAGGCCCAUCUGGACUACGCUGGAGUUGCGAUUGGUCGGCUUAUCAUUUACAUGAAUUAUGUUUAUUUUGUUAACAAAUUCUCUCUUUCACUCAUAUUUCCAAUCUCUCACUCUCAUUUCUUCUCUUUCACUAUCUUUCACUUUAUUUUUCCUCUUUUACACUCUUUUUCGUUUAGAACUUCUUUUCUUCCUUCUUUUUAUUUUCUAUUUUGCCAUUUCUUCUUGUAUUCGCUUUUUAUACUUCCUUUCAUUUUACCUUCCUUCCUCCAAUCCUUUCUCCUUCUUUCUUUCCUUCCUUCUUUUCUUUCUUUCUUUUUUCUUUCCUUCUUUCCUUUCUUUCUUUUUUUCCUUCCUUCCUUCUUUUCUUUCUUUCUUUCUUUCUUUCUUGCCUUCCUUUCUUCAAUCCUUUCUCCUUCCUUCUUUCCUUCUUUCUUUCCUUCCUUCUUUCCUUCAUUUAUCCUCUCUUUCCAUUCUUUCUAUCCGUCAUUCUUUCUUUACUGUUUUCCUUCCUUCCUUCCUUCCUUCCUUCCUUCCUUCCUUCCUUCCUUCCUUCCUUCCUUCCUUCCUUCCCACCUAAUAAUUGCAGACGAAAGGAAAUACCAUAGCUUCCUGUUUUGA